AUGACCAACCAAAAUGUGGUUGUUUCUGAUGCGAAAGGUGUGGCUGUUACAGUGGCUGUUACAGUGACUGUUGCCAACCAGUCCAUGUUCUCUUCCUCUGUGCCGAAGCCAAGGACUGCUGAGGCAGGAGGAGGAGCAGGCUGCUUCACCAUUCCCAGGAACAUUAAGCUUUUGAAGGUUGAGACAGAAGGUGGAGCUGCCAGAGUCAAUGCUUGGGUUGACUCUCUGAGAGCUUCUUCUCCACCUCGUGUGAAAUCUGCCACUGAAACUGUGGAUUAUAGCUCUUGGAAUCUUCAUCAUCCUUCAGCUAUGAGCAUGUUCGAGGAGAUAACAAAUUAUUCCAAGGGCAAGCAGAUUGUGCUCUUUCUUGACUAUGACGGGACCCUCUCCCCCAUUGUGGAAGACCCAGAUCGAGCUUUCAUGUCCAGAGAGAUGAGAAACGCUGUGAAGGCUGCUGCUAGAUACUUUCCUACAGCAAUAGUCAGCGGGAGGUGCAGAGACAAGGUUCAUAGCUUUGUGAAAUUAGGAGAGCUUUACUAUGCAGGCAGCCAUGGGAUGGACAUCAAAGGACCAUCCAAAAGUAGCAAAUAUAAGAAUGGUAAUCAAGCAGUUCUCUUCCAACCAGCCAGUGAGUUCGUACCAAUGAUUGAUGAGGUGUGCAAAAUUUUAGUGGAGAAAACCAGAUCCAUCUCAGGAGCAAGGGUGGAAAAUAAUAAGUUUUGCUUAUCUGUACACUUUCGUUGUGUUGAUGAGAAGAGUUGGGCUGCUUUAGCAGAGCAAGUCAGACUAGUGCUCAAUGAGUAUCCAAAGCUCAGGUUGACUCAGGGGAGAAAGGUAUUAGAGAUCAGGCCAACCAUCAAAUGGGACAAGGGCAAAGCUCUUGAAUUCUUGCUAGAGUCAUUAGGAUAUGCGAAUUCAAAUGAAGUGCUACCAGUCUAUAUUGGAGAUGAUCGAACAGAUGAGGAUGCCUUCAAGGUGCUACGCGAUAGAGGACAGGGGUUUGGAAUUCUGGUUUCUAAAGUUCCAAAAGAAACAAAUGCGUCCUAUUCUUUACAAGAACCAGCAGAGGUUAAGGACUUUUUGUGGCGUUUGGUGGAGUGGAAAAGAUUGUCCCAACAACAAAGAAACUAG